GCGGAGGGAGGCCAAGGCGGAGGGGGCUUUCGGGGCGUGGAGAAGGGGGCGGGGCCAGCUCGGGAGGCCCCGCCCCCAGGGAGGUGACGGAGUCAGCCGGGCGGGAACAAGGAGAGCCGCCGCUAGUUUCUUCUCUUAACGCUGGGACGCAGCGGGUAGCCAGCUAGCCAUGCGGGACUACGACGAGAUCAUCGCCUUCCUGGGCGAGUGGGGCCCCUUCCAGCGGCUGGUCUUCUUCCUGCUCAGCGCCAGCAUCAUCCCCAACGGCUUCAACGGCAUGUCGGCGGUAUUCCUGGCCGGCAUCCCCGAGCACCGCUGCCGCAUCCCGGCGGGGGCCAACCUGAGCGCGGCGUGGCUCAACGCGAGCGUCCCGCUGGAGGAGCGUGGCGGGAAGGUGGUGGCCCAGCGGUGCCGGCGCUACAGCCUCCGCGCCCUCAGCAACCUCUCCGCCCAGGGGCUGCUCCCGGGAGACGUGGACCUGGCCGCCCUCGAGCAGGAGCCCUGCCUCGACGGCUGGGACUACAGCACCGAGCCCUACCUCGCCACCAUCGUCAGCCAGUGGAAUCUAGUAUGUGAUGAUGACUGGAAAGUCCCCCUGACGACAUCUUUGUUCUUUGUGGGAGUGCUGCUUGGAUCUUUUAUAUCAGGACAACUCUCAGACAGGUUUGGCAGAAAGGCAAUUCUGUUUGCAACCAUGGGUGUGCAGACAGGUUUCAGCUUCCUACAGAUCUUCUCAACCAGCUGGGAAAUGUUCACAGUGCUUUUUCUUAUAGUUGGCAUGGGGCAGAUUUCAAACUACGUUGUGGCCUUCAUAUUAGGCUCAGAAAUUCUUGGCAAAUCAGUUCGUAUUAUAUUCUCUACGUUAGGAGUUUGCAUAUUUUUUGCAAUUGGCUACAUGUUGCUGCCACUAUUUGCUUACUUCAUCAGAGACUGGCGGAUGCUGCUACUGGCUCUUACUUUACCUGGGGUGCUCUGCGUUCCACUGUGGUGGAUCAUUCCUGAGUCUCCCCGUUGGUUGAUUUCUCAAGGAAGAUUUGAAGAAGCUGAAGUAAUUAUUCGGAAGGCUGCACAAAAAAAUGGGAUUCCAGCCCCAGCAGUAAUCUUUGAUUCCACAGAGGUGCAGGAUUUGAAGAACAGGCAGCAGAAAGGCAUGCUUCUUGACUUGUUCAGGACCCCAAAUAUUGCCGUUAUCACAGUCAUGUCACUUUUCUUGUGGAUGAUUACAUCUAUUGGUUACUUUAGCUUGUCACUCAGCACCCCCAACUUGCAUGGGGAUGUCUACCUCAACUGCUUCCUGUCUGCAUUAACAGAAGUUCCAGCCUGUGUGAUUGCUUGGUUACUUCUCCGAACAUUACCUCGGCGUUAUUCAAUAUCUGGCACACUCUUCUUGGGAGGAGGAAUUAUCCUAUUUCUUCAGCUAGUACCUCAAAACCUCCACAUUCUCUCUGUCACUUUGGUGAUGUUGGGGAAGUUUGGAGUCACAUCUGCCUUCUCCAUGCUUUACGUUUACACUGCGGAAUUGUACCCAACUAUAGUGAGAAACAUGGCAGUGGGUGCUGCCUCCAUGUCGUCCCGGGUGGGCAGCAUCAUUGCUCCUUACUUUGUUUACCUUGGUGCCUAUGAUAGGUUUCUGCCAUAUAUCCUUAUGGGCAGCCUUACUGUGCUGAUAGGAAUUCUUACCCUCUUCCUACCAGAAAGUUAUGGAAAUCCUCUUCCAGAAACAUUUGAAGAGAUGUUACAAAUCAAAGGAUUCAGAAAUAGAAAAAACACCUACAAAAUAGGGAAUUCAACGCAACAUGAACUGAACAGCAAGAACCUGCGAACAUCAUUUUAAUCAUAUAUAGCUGACGUUGACAGAAUGGACAACCAGGACUUGUUAGCAAAUGUUUCUGAAGAUAAAUGAAAAGUCAUUAAAUCUACUAGGAAGAGGUUGUCUUACUGCUGACAGUUCACAAUACUGCUGUACCAAAAUGAGUGGUUUGUGGUUAAGUUUCUGUUGGUAUGUAUAAAAGUUCCUAGUAGUUCUUUUUGUGCCUUGAUUUUAGGACUAGUUGAGAUUUUUUUUUAAAGUCUUAAGCACUUUCAUCUCCUCAGUUUGGAUAAAAUGCAUUAAAAAAUAAGGCCAUUAAUCAUUAUUGAGAGAAGGGAGAUACGGACUGCAUAGAAUCUUCGAGCUGAAGUGUCAACACACCAAGUUCUUUUGAGCUCCAUGUGCCACUUUUCAAAACCCCUGAGUAGAACUGAAUAGCUAAGAGUCUAGUCUGCCAAUGUUGAUGUGUUGUUUGCUUAGGUGUUUUUGGAAAUGAAUACUUUUGAGGCAGGGCUAUUAUAAAAAGAAUAAAAUAAAAUGUAAAAGCCUAAUCCUAAUAAAUAUAGGUACAGACAUUUACAAACUUUUAAGAAAGUAGAAUAUAUUAUUUGGAGAUUGAUAGUCAGGUGUAAACUUCAAUAAUAUUUAUCUCUAUGCAUCAUACCCAUUGAUAGCUAUAAAGGUUCAGCUACAUAACAUCAAUUGGCAUUAACCCAGUGGUGUUUCUUUGGGAGCUUGCCAGAGCAUAAAUCAGGCAUACUCAAACUACAGCCUUCCAACUGUUUGGGCCUCCAACCCGCAGAAUCCCUGAUCAUUGAAUAAACUGGCUAAGGCUUCUGGGAGUUAGAGGCUGAAACAGCUGGAGGGCUGCAGUUUGAGGAUGCUUGGCAUAAAGACAGAAAAAAAAUCUACAAAUUACUACAGCCCCUCAAGCCUCUUUUACUUCUGGGAUAUACAGAAAUGCUAUUCACUGGGUUCAAACCCACAGCUGUAAAGAAGCAAAGUUCCUGGGACCAGAAUUAAUACAAAUAAGAUCCUGUGGUACACUUGUGUAAUCCAGCCAAAGACAUAUAUAUUAUGACUUCGGAGUGUUUUUCCUUUUUGUGUUUAUGCCACAGGUUAUACAUACCUACUCUUGGUGCAAAAUAAAACAAGUAUUUUGAAAAAAAGACAUGGUAUUUCAGCUAAAAUACAUUUGACAGUUGUAUCUUUUGGAGAUUUUGAACAAAUUUGUAACAGAAAAACAAAUACUAGUGAGGUAUUGACUUUACAUGUCAGGCAUUUGUGCCAAGUUCGUAUAUAAAAUAUGUAUUCAAAGCAAAAUUUCCCUCCUUUGUUAACACAAGGAAUAUACAUUUCAUAAUCCUUUCAUUGAUGAUACACAAUCUCCUGAAACAAUUCUCGUCAGAAAGAGAGGACUAGUUCAUAUGUUGUCAGCAGCAGUAGUUAGGAUGCUAUUGAUGUUUGCUGCUGUAUCUGCUCCUACGUCAGAGCUGAUAACGUGUAAUUCAGAACAGCAGUGUACAGGCUUGAUAAAUUAAUGCAUUAAUCAACGACUAAAAUAUUAGCUCUUUCUUAAUCAGUUCCUAAAGUUCAAUGUCAGCAGCACAGGAAAUCACAUCCUAGCUGUUUAUAUAAUUAAUCCAUAUGAUCAGUAGUAAAUAGCAAAACUAUUGAGAGUUCAUGAUUCCAAAAUCCACUGUUAUUUCCCCAAGAAUGUAAAGCCUUCUUGAUAUGUCAGAUAAUGAUGUUUUGCUGUAUCUGCUUUGUUUAUGAUGUCUUUUACAUAAUAUCCAUAGCUUAAUGUGUAUUAUGAUUCUGUGAAUGUCUCAAAAGCUUGGAAGGUUGUGGUUUUGAACCAGAAACUCCAAUGUUUGUUUUUCCAGGUUUGAACAAUAUUUCCCUCUUCACCCAUGUUCUCCUGCUUGAUCUGUAGUCAGGAAAACUCUUUUAUGUUUUCCCCAUAUCAAAUUAAGAACUCUAGUAAUCAUUCCCAAAGGAUUGUGUUUUCUUUUUGUUUUUUUGUCUCAAAACUUUUAAGCAGUAAACACAGUCUUUGGUAAACAGGACCAAGUCAUAAUUGUUUUCUAAAUAAACAGUUCAGCUCUACAACAGAAAAGGUUGUUUACAUUGUCUAUUGUAAAUCUUCAAUAUGUCAAAAUACUCUAUAUUUAUGUAGAUAUUUUAUACAAAAAUAUUGGAUUCUGAUCAUGUUUCAUAUUAUUGUAAUUGUCACUGUUUCUAAAAUUUACACUUGAUAUUAUUGUGGUAUUUUUGUGGAAGAUUCAACUUUACCCAGGUUUCUUUGACAUUUAAACUUCUCUGCAUUUUGGGGGAUUGUGACAUUGUAAAAUAAAGCCUUCAUUUGUGGAGGGAUCAAUUUUGUAAAGACUUUUCCAUGCAUGAUAUAGUGCAUAUUACAGGGGAGCAAUGACUGGAAUCAACUACAUGGUUAUAUGAUCUAAUCUAUAAAAUAUGUUUGAAUACUAAUGUAUUCAAAUAAUAAAAUCCAUCAUGUUACCUCCAUCAACUUGCUCUAAAACUGGAAGCUUAAGGAUGGAAAUGGAUUAUGUCUUAUUGCAGAUUUACAGUAUCAAAUUUGGAAAAGGUUGCUUCUUGCAGAGAGGGAUACUGUAUUUGGAAGAAAUUGUACAUCCUCUGUCAAAGGAUUUCUUUCAGGGAUUUGCUGUGUAAUGUUUGUAGUAUUCCAAAGAUUACAAAUUAAAAGAAGAAUUUGGGUGAGAAACUUCUGAUGCUGGCACCCAAUAAUAUGUUACUUCUAGCUGUAAAUCUUCCAGAAGUCUAGCCAAGCUUUGAUUAUCUCUUGGGAGACUUUGCUAGUGUUGAGUAGGGACUUGUUUGCAUUUCUGCUACAGGCCUCUACAAUGUUGAUCAUUAAGUGAAAAUUAUAAAGUAGUAUUUCAUUAUUAUUAUUUCUUUUGCUGUGAUCCUUGGGUGACAGAGAAGGCAAAGAUGGCUAUGCUUGGUGGAUCACAGACUUUGCUGUGUGGGCCUGUUCUUUUGCAACCUUCAUAAAGUGCCUCUUUGUUAGGCUUGUUGCAGUUUUCAAAAGAAUACAAAUGGAUUCACGAAAGUUUCUAAUACUAUGUAUAAAAGCUGCCCUUUGUGUAGAUCUCACCUAGCAGCUCUUUCACUUGUCUCUCCAAUAUCAUAUCUGACUAUAGUACAAUGUUUCUUCAGGAUUUUUGAAAUGCACUAUAUACUACCUUGAUGCACAGCCUUUUUCUUUUUCUAUAUUGGAGCUUUUAAAAUGCACUGGUCAAUUUUCUAUUGAAGUGACGGGAUAAUUGGUUUUAUAAGAUGCAGAAAAAUAUAUAUAUGGCGUAAGAUACAAGAUUGGUACUAGUCGUGUUAAGAGCAUAAGAAGUAGCCUUAUACCAAGCCAAACCAUUAGUUCAUCUAGUCCAGUACUGCCAAUCCUGACUGGCAGCAGCUCUCCUUUACUACUCCUAGCUGGAAAUCCAUAUUGUGACCUGCUGGUCUCCAGGUAUUAACCAGGCCAAACUUUGAUGAGCUUCUGAAAUCCAAGAUCAGUGUACUCAGGGUUAUAAGGUGGUGCAAACCUAAUGCAAUUGCUAAAUAGGAAGGCAGUAAAUACCAUUUUAGGAGAUAUCUCUUCCUGGAAGUGGAAGAGUAAGGACUGAUUUAACACCAAAUGAUAUAUGGAUGCAUUCAUCUGUAUAGAACAGUACACUUCUUUAUAGGGAGAACUCUGUGGUUAAUGUUUCAUUGUGUUCUCAACCGCUGUUUUUUCAUAUAAUAUACACCAAAAUAAAGGCCAUCUGAUUACCAGGUAA